AUGAACGAAUGUAUAGAAAAAAGAGAUGUGGAGUCUUUGAAACAAUUCUUCGCUGAGAAAGGUUUAAGAACGGAUGAGGCAUUUGUGGGAAAAGUUGAGAGACAAGUUCGUCAAAGGGCACUAGAUAUUUCAUGUCUGCCUGAUUCAACAUUCGAACAAAGCGCAAAGGAGCAUUUUGUUUUCGUUGUUGAUUUAUGUAAACAAGGAUAUAUUACGAAAUCUCUCUCUGUAACGAUGCUACAAGAUAUAUUUGAAGUUAGUAAAAUUGAAAGAUGUGAGCUUCUCUUCAAUAUUGUCGAGGAGAACAUAUCCCUCUUGAAGCAGCCUCCAUUAGGCGCCUUGUGUCAAACCUCUGUACUCCGCAUGUGUAACGAUUUAUUGAAAAGACUAAGUAGGACAGUUGAUACUUCCUUCUGUGGUAGAAUACUGUUCUUCCUGAGCAGGUUUUUAUCUCUGGCUGAAAAAUCUGGAGUUAAUUUGAUGGGACACUUUAACACUCAAAAUACUACUCAAUUUGAAACGAAUGAAAUUCAAGCAACUGAUCUGAUGCCAACGUUUACUGUCGUUGAAGAAGAACUAGAAAUGGGCGAAAUUAAAGAAUCCAAAGAUUCAGCUGUACCCGUCACUCAAGAUUUGUAUAUAAUGUUCUGGCAACUACAAUCAUAUUUCUCCAAUCCAGUUGAUUGCUACGACAAGCAAAAAUGGAUUAAAUUCCAAAAAAACAUAACUGAAGUACUGACUACGUUUUCGAAUUAUAAGUUGGAAAAAAAUGGCGAUGACGACAAGCAUGGAAAGCAUCAGAACAAGGAGGUGAUACCUGAUGCUGAGAUGUACUUCGCCAAGUAUUUAACAAGCCCUAAGCUGCUACAAUUGCAAUUCAAUGAUUCUCAGUUCAGACGGUAUUUCUUGAUUCAAUGUGUUAUCAUUUUUCAAUAUCUUCUCGCUGAUGUGAAGAUGAAGCAAAGAAUUUUCUUUCUGUCUGAGGAACAGAUUCGUUUUGUUAACGAUAACACGGAGAAGUGCUACCGUUUAAUGAAGGAAACUCAUCCUAAAGGAUCAUCUUUCGUUGAUAGUGUCAAGGCAAUCCUACAACGAGAAAAAGAAUGGUCUGCUUGGAAAAAUGCAGGAUGCUUAGAUAUGGAGACCUUAGUCGAUAAACAGCCAAUGCAGUUGUACAGAAAACGACCUCGAAUUGGGUUUGAUAGUAAUACUAUUGACUUGGGAAGUAAUGAAUUGAAUAAGCUGUGGAACAUAGAGCCGGAUUUGCUGAAAGCGUGUAGUUCGACAAAGAGAAAGUUUACGCCAGAAUUGGAAAAAUUUCUCCGAGAUCCUCUUGAUGAACUGGAUCCUGAACAACAAGUAGAAGAGGAGUACAAAUCUAUCAACAAUCCUUCUUAUGUUUGGAAAGCUUGUCGCUAUCUAUUAUCUGAAAGUUCUCAAUAUUUUAAUUGCACAGCAGGUUCUCCUACUACCAAUAUUAAGGUUUUCCUGGAGAAAACAAUGAUUGACACUGCAAAGAAAAUGACUGCGUUCAAAAACGAGUUAGUUGAAAGAGAGGAACGCGAAGCGAGGAAACUAGCCGAACAGUCAAUGCGUAAAAAAGUUAAAACAGAAGGUUCGUGCUCUCCUGGUCCUGAUCAUGAAAUUUCAAUGGAAACUCGGACGAAACUGGCAGUCUUGUUCAAAGAGAAAACAGAUGAAUUGAUAUCUUGCUUGGAUCCGUCAUUCAAGAAAAAAGAAGAAGAAGAUGUUGGUCAAACCAUUCUUGCUCUUCUCAAUCGCUGGAUUGGCCGUAAUGAAAAUUCCCUUCGAAAACUUAGAAAUGCGUUGUUGAUAGGAGAGCUGUUAACAGCAGAAGUAGUUGAAGCUCUCAAAGCUAAUUGA